AUGAAAAAUGUUUUAACUAGUUCUACCCUUUUGAAAAAAAUUUUGGAAUGUUUAAACGAAGAUAUGAUAUCACUUCAUUCGUGUUUAUUGGUCAAUAAAGAUUGGAGCGAAAUUGCUGUUGAAAUAUUAUGGAGGGAUAUUUAUAUAAUUCAAGCAAGGGCGAAUGAAAUUUAUGGAAUCGAUCUAGAAGAUGAAUCCGAUCAAAAUAUAUUAUCAACGUUAUAUUCAUGUUUACCAAAAGAAUCUCAUGAACUUUUAAAACGAAAUGAAAUCAUGAUUGAAUCGCCAACGAUGGGAUCACCAAAAUAUAAUUACCCGGGAUAUUGUAAAUUUCUUGAUACAGGAUAUAUCAAUCAAUUAAUCAUCGUGCAUCUUGGAGAAGAAAGUGAAAUUUAUGAAAGAACUUUAUUAAAACAAGAAAUCUAUCAAAUGUUUAUCAAACAAAGUCCGUCCCUUUAUUACCUUCAUUUUCAUGAUCCACAUAUUCCUCUUCCUUACUUUUCAGGAGUUAACGUAUGUAUCACACAACUUAAAGAAUUCUCUUGUGACACGAGCAUUUCCCCAUCGAUAUUUUGCAGAAUGGCUCAAUUAUGUAGAAACAUUGACAAAUUAUUAAUUAAAUGGGUUAAAGAGGAUAAUGAAGGAUUAGCUAAAUUGAUAGAAGUGCAAAAUAAUCUACGACAAGUCGGAUUAGAAUGUGAGGAACUGGAUGAUCUAGAAGAAGAGAAAAAGCCUUUCGAAUGUGUAAAGAUCGGCAACGCAUUCACAUCACAAGUAAAUUCUUUAUCACACCUUUAUAUUAAGAAUUCCUUAUUUUGUAUUCCAUUAUUACCCAUUUCGAAAUUAACGAAACUAACUUCCUUGGAGUUAAAUUUAGAAGAAAUAUUUCCGAUUGCUCUUUUAGAAUCACUAUGUUCGAUUCAUUUCCCAAAUCUUACAAAAUUAUUGAUUGGGGAAAAUAUUCCACCUUUAACAUUAUUGGCAAAUUUUAUUAAGAUAAAUGGGAAUACAUUAAAAGAAUUGUUAUUAUAUAACGGAUUUCCUGAUGGAGAUCCAGAGGAUUGCACCAUAUUAAAUCAAAUGAUUAGUAGAUUUUGUUCAGAACUUGAAAUCCUAAUGACAUUUUGUCAUGAUGAACAAUUUCACGACAUUGAGGAUAUUUUAAUUUCUUGUGAAAAAUUGGAUAGUUUGAUUUUAAGAAAUUCCUCUCAAGAUAAAAUUGAUGCUACUUAUUUAUUUACCACCUUAUUGGCUACCGCUCCUCAAUAUAAUUUAUCUAGAAUAUGUGUUGAUAGCAGUAUUCAAUUUACUUACAUCAUUUUAAGUUCAUUUUUGGAUAUCAUGAACAAAAAGAAGCAUUUAUUAUUUUAUAUUUAUAAAUCUGGUGGAAUUAGAUAUGUAGGCUAUGAUGGAAUUACCAAUGAUCAUCUUGCCAUUAUUGAAAAAGUUGGUGGUGGUGUUUUGGACGAAGUAGAUAUUAUGAAUGAAUUUUCCACAACUCCACAAUUUAGGAAUCCUUAUAGAUAUUCAUUAGAAUAA